AUGGAGCAAAAGCCCAAAAUAUUGAAAAGAUCGACGAAAAAGGACUCUUCUAAAACUCAUUCUGAUAAUUCACAACGCUAUAGUUUAAGAAAUAAAAAAGAGUCUUCUGCAAAACCAGUUACUAGAUCCCAAAAAAGAAAGAUUGAACGAGAACAACAUCAAACACAAGAAAUAUCAAAAAGUAAGAAAACUAAAAUGGAUAGUAAAGUUAAUAAUAAUAGUAAAGGAAAGCAAAAGGUUCAAGAGAAAAUUACAUCAAAAAAAUCCGAUAAUGAUGACAAAAUGCAGGAUAUUAUUGAUAAUACUUUAAAAAGUUAUCAUAACAAACAUGAAGAUGAUAAAGAGGAAAAUGAUAAUUUAAUGCAUUAUGACGAUGAAGGCCAUGAUGAUUGGGAGGAUUCAAGAUAUGAUGAGGAAAAUGAUCAUAACGGUGAAGAAGAUGAUGAAGACGAAAACGAUGAUAUUAAUGACGACGACGACGACGACGAAGAUGAUGAUGAUGAUGAUGAUGAGCCUGAUAAUGAAAGUGAAAUAGCUCGUGUUAGAAGAACUCUUGGCUUUGGAAUGCAAGGUCUUUUAGGCGGUAUCAUGUCAUCGGAUUUUACUAGAUUCAAAACUAUUUUAAACAAUUUGAAAGAUAAUGAUGAUCCAACUAUGCAGUUAAUUGCUCUCCAAGAAUUAGCUGAAAUUUUAUCUGUCAGUAGUGAAGAUAAUUUAGCUGGAUACUUUUCUAGUGAUAGUUUUUCUAGAGAACUUGUUCGAAUCAUGAAAGGACAAGAUGAUUUAUUGUAUGAGGAUAAGUCGAAUAUGGAUGAAGAUAUGAUGCUUGCAUUAGCGAUGAGUGAAGGAUUUUCAGGUGGUAAUCCUGAGGUGAUGCUGCUUGCUUGUCGUUGUAUUUCGAAUUUGUUAGAAGCUAUGCCGACUGCAGUCACAAGUGUGGUUUCUCAUGGCGCCAUUCAUGUUCUUUGUCAAAAAUUAAAAUCCAUUCAAUAUAUCGAUUUAGCAGAACAAGCUCUUUAUGCUCUUGAAAAAAUUUCAGCACAACUUCCUCGUGCUGUUGUACAUGAAGGUGGUCUUAGUGCAGUACUUAUGUAUUUUGAUUUCUUUAGUAUACAUGCUCAACGUACUGCAUUACGUACUGCUGCAAAUUGUAUGCGUGGAAUUGAUGCAGAUGCAUUCUCACAAGUAUUAGAAGUCACUCCAACAUUAAUGAACACUAUUACUUACUCUGAUCGAUCUCUCGUUGAAUUAACUUGUCUGUGUUGGGUACGAAUUUCAGAAAGUUAUCGCACUAAUAGAGAAUUUUUAGAACGUGCAAUCACAGUUGAGUUAUUAAAGACCCUUUUCGGUUUAAUACCGGUUUCUGGCAAUUCAAAUGCAGUACAUCCAGCUGCUUUCCAAGAUUUAUUACGUAUCUUUCGUUCUAUAUCAAAAGCCUCACCUCAACUCAGCUUUGAGUUACUCAAGUUAGGUAUUAUUGAAACCUUUUAUUGUAUUUUGACAGGUGCUUCAUCUGCUACUGAUUUCUCAAACACAACCGUUCAUCCUCAUCACCAUAUUACUUUGGAUUCAAAAUGGCGUGACUCUGUACCAAAUAUUAUUAAGAUUAUCGUUGAUUUAUUACCUCCUUUACCUAAAGAUACUAUGUUCAGUUCGAGACGUUUUAAAGCAGUCGCUACAAACCAUACCACAGAUCGUACUACUCAUUCUAAUAAUAAUACCAGUUUAAGUGAAUCACAAUCUACUAAAAUUGAUCCUCGUAUACAAUGGUUCAAUGAUAACCCAGAUAUCCUUCUUAACUAUGAUCAUGUCUUGAUUCCGAUUAUUUUGGAUUUGUACUCAUCCACUGUCAAUUUACGUGUACGGCAGUUAGUCACACAUAUAUUAGUGAAACUUCUUCAUUAUUCUACUGUUGACACUCUUUCCAAGGUUUUGAAAAAUAUUUCAUUAUCCAGUUUCUUAUCUGGUCUUCUCACACGUCAGGAGCAUCCAGUUUUGAUGAUCGAUGCUCUUUAUCAAGUAGAGUUAUUAAUCCAAAAACUUCCUCAGCUGUAUUAUUCACUAUUUGAAAGAGAAGGUGUACUGCAUGAAGUGGAAUCAUUAUCUAAAUUACCAUUUUCAGAUGAGGAAGAUCAUCAACAACAAUCCCAACAAUCUACACAACUGAGUGAAGAUAAUGAUGAUGACUCGACUAAUAGUAAGAAAGAUGACGAUUAUGAGGAGGAUAAUAAAACCAAUAGGGAUAAUAAAACAGCCAGCAAAAGAUCAUCUAGUGCUGAGACAGGAACCUCAUCUGGUUUAUUGUCGCCUACUUCAUCUUCAUCACAGCAUAAAAUGUUUGAUAGUAAUGAUCUUCAGGCUAUGAUGCGUAGUCAUCACUUUUUAUAUCAUCAACAACGCUUAAGUCGUCAUCAUCAGCAUCAGCAUCAGCAUCAUCAUAAUCUUGAAAAUGAAAAAGGUAUAGGCCGUGGAUCUACUCGUAAAUAUAUCAUUCAACUUGCUCAAUACUUUGUCAAUAAUUAUUUCAAUAAGGAGCUUAUAUCUAAGGACGGUACAGCUGUAAAAUCUGCUGGUAACAGUCUAAAGGAAAUUACGAAUUUUGCAAACAAAUUCAUAUUGCCUACAAAUGAAGACCCUGUCUCUAAACAAACUCUUGUGAAGUUAUCAAACUAUUUGCGUGAAUCAGCUAUGGGUAUCAGUAGUUUUGAAUUACUUAGCUCUGGAUUAUUGAAGGCGUUAUUGCUUUAUUUGACUUCCUCUGAUAUGCAUUCUUUUAAGGCAUCACGUGAGGACCGUAUUCAAUCAUUUAAAUUUGUCUUUGUAGAACAACCUAGCAUUGAUCAUGAUGGUAAUAGUUCGUUCAAGAAGCUUGUUAUUCGGUUACAAGAGAUAUUAAGUCGUUUUGAGGCAUUUGAUGUUGUUACGCCUCUUGAAUCUUCCUCUAAUGAUGGCUUACGUAAUCCAACCAGUAUGCUGGCAAAACAGUUAAGAUUAAAAUUAACUGGAAUUGGAAAUAAUAUCCCAUCUACCUAUAAGCAAUUAAUGGUAUCUACACAUGCAGUUGCAACUUUUCGUGUACUUGAAGAAUAUUUAUUAGCUCGUAUUGGCGCUUCCGAAGAGAAUGAUGAUACAGAUGAAGAAGACGAAGAAGACGAGAUUGAGGAACAUUUAUUAAUUGAAGAGGAUGAUUUAAAUCUCAGAGAUGGUAUGGAUCUAGAUAGUGAUUCAAAUGAUGUUGAUACAGAAAUGAGAGAUAUUACUUUAGGAAGAGAAGGAUCAGGUGAAGAUGAAGAAGGUGAGGAAGAACCAGAUGACAAGAGAAGAAACCAGAAGAAGGGAUCUAAAGAUGAUGAAUCAUCAUCACAUUCAAGAUCUUCAGGUAGUGGUAGCAACGUUAGUAAAAAAGAAAAAAAGGAUGGUGAAUGGAGGAUACAAUUUUCAUUAAAUGGUACUAUCAUAUCAAAUGAUUCUACUGUUUAUGCAGCGGCUCAUCAGUAUGAAAUGAAUUCUGAAAACCGCAGCAAUCCCUCCUCUUUACUCAUCACUCCUCAAUCUUCGACUAGUCGUAAUAUCUGGCUGUCAUCUUAUCCUAUCACUUAUGAGCGUAUUUGGGUAUCAAAGAAGGAAGUCAAUGAAAAGGAAAUUAAAAAAUCUUCUACUACAGUAGUUCGACAAUUAGCUGAUAUUCCACAGCCCAAAGAAUUAACAGAGGACUCUAUUUGCUCCCAAGUUCUUCAACUUCUUAAAGCCUUAUCAUCAGUUAUCAAUAAUAAUAAUAAUAAUUCAAAUAUGAUGAUUGCUCAAGACUUUAUCAAUCGCAAGUUAACAGCAAAAGCAAAUCGACAGUUAGAAGAACCACUUAUUGUUGCAAGUUCAUGUUUGCCUACAUGGUUAUACUGGCUUAUGAGUGAAGCUCCAUUUUUAUUCCCCUUUGAAGUCCGUUAUCUCUUUAUUCAAAGUACAUCCUUUGGUUAUGCUCGUUUAAUUGCUCGCUGGCAAAGUCUACAGAUGCGUAAUAACACACAAAAUGGAACUCGUACUGAAUCUUCAGAUCAUCAACCUGUAUUGGGUCGUAUGGAGCGGCAAAAGGUGCGUAUUAUGCGUUCACAAAUGCUGGAAUCGGCUGUGAAAAUUCUAGAUUUAUUUGGCAGUUCUCCUACUGUACUUGAAAUUGAAUAUAUGGGUGAGGAAGGUACAGGUAUGGGUCCUACUUUAGAAUUCUAUGCCUCUACAUCUAAAGAAUUCAGCAGACAUUCCCUUAAUAUGUGGCGUGGCUCUAUUAAAUCUGAAAAGGGUUAUGUUAAUGCACCUCAUGGUUUAUUCCCUAAGACGUUAACAAAGUCUAGCACAAGAUCAGCAAAAAAAAUUAUUCAAUUGUUCAAGACAUUAGGACAGUUCAUUGCAAAAGGCUUGUUGGAUUUUAGAAUUAUUGAUAUACCUUUUAGUCCUGCAUUUUUCAAAGUAGCUUUAGAUCAUGUUAAGCCUAGUCCAGAACUUUUAAUGGAAAUUGAUCCUCAAUUAGCAAAGUCUAUCGAUACAUUACAAUCGUAUAUUAAACAGAAGCGAGAAAUUUAUGCAGAUAACACUAAGUCUGCUAAAGAGAAAUCCGAAGCUGUAAAAAAUAUUAAAGUAGAUGGUGCUAAAAUUGAAGAUUUAUGUCUUGAUUUUAUUCUUCCAGGUGAUGACAGUUAUGAAUUAAAGACUGGCGGAUUAGAUAUACCUGUUACAAUUAAUAAUGUAGAAGAGUACAUUCAUUUGGUUUUAGAUGCCAUUGCUGGUUCUGGUAUUUCCAAACAAAUAGCUGCAUUCAGAGAAGGCUUUAAUGGUUUAUUUGCUAUUGACGAUCUCAAAUUAUUAACACAUACAGAGUUAGUCUCCUUAUUUGGAAAAGCAGAGGAAGAUUGGAGUUAUGCAGUGUUAACAGAUAGCAUUAGAGCAGAUCAUGGAUUUACUAUGGAAAGUGAGCCUGUUCGAUAUCUUUUUGAAAUUCUUAGUGAAUUUAAUCAAGAAGAAAAACGACAAUUCCUUCAAUUUACAACUGGUUCGCCACGAUUACCCAUUGGCGGUUGGAAAGCUCUUCGACCUGUCUUUACUGUUGUUCGUAAAAUCCCUGAAGCACCUUUAACACCUGAUGACUAUCUACCUUCUGUUAUGACAUGUGCAAACUACCUUAAAAUGCCAGCAUAUACUUCAAAAGAAAUUAUGCGUCAGCGUUUCUUAACAUCUAUAAAGGAAGGACAAAAUAGCUUUUUACUUUCUUAA